AUGAAUGCCCGUGCCAAGCGACCCCGAAGUCGGCGAGGGAGGCAUCUUCCACCCGGUGAGUUGGACCCCCUAGUUGAGAGUUCAGAGGAGUUGGAGGCAGCUUCUGGGACCCCCGAACCGAGCCUUGAGCCACCCCAGGAGAGUCACGGCGAAUCAGAGCUGGUGGGUUCUGCAGCAGAGGCUGGUGUGCAGGGCACAGGGGACAGAACAGACAAGGAACUUGAUGGAGACUCCUGCAGGGGAUUGAUCUCAGCCCUCCAGGGCCCACCAAAGCCUGCAGAGGAAGUCCAUCAGGCCUCAGAGGCAGCCCCUGGGGAUGGAGACCCUGAUGUGUUCCAGACCCUCCAGCAUGCUCUGAGUUCCCUAGAGGCGACGGCAGCUGCGUGGCGCCAGCAGCCCCCCAAAUGUCCCAUGCCAAUGGGGGCAUUAGGGCCCCUUGUGGGUCAUGAAGGGGUAGGGGACUGUCAACGGGAGGCGGCCCACCUGACGGAGAGGAACGCCUGGCUGCAGCUGGCCCUGGGAAGCAGGGAGGAUGAACUGGCUCGCAUGCAGGCCUCCCUCCAAGCCAUCAGGGCGGAGAAAGAAACGCUGCAGAAAGAGGUCCAGGAGCUGCAAGAUUCCCUGCUGAGACUCAAGCCUUUCCCACCGCCAGCCCACAGUCAAGUGGGCAGCUCAGACAGUGGUUCCAGCAGUCCUGGGGCAGACAGGGAACCCUGGGGGACUCAGGACCCCUUUCCUCUGGCUCACCCCCUGCUCAGGCGCCUCAGGAGUGAUUCCAGCACCCAGAUCCUUAGAUCUCUCCCCCGCCAGACCCUUGCCCCUGAGAUGCAUAUCAUGGAAGUCCAGAUUGACCAGCUCCGGGGGAACAUUGAGAAGCUCAAAUGCUUCAACCGUCUGCUCUCCGCUGUGCUCCAGGGGUAUAGGGGCCGUUGUGAGGGUCUCAGCAUGCAGCUGGGCCAGCGGGAGGCUGAGGCCACAGCCCUGCACCUAGCCCUGCAGUACAGUGAGCACUGUGAGGAGGCAUAUGGGGCCCUGCUUGCUCUGUGGAAGGCCAACUCCCAGUCAGGGGAAGGGGCCUUGGCAGGUGACCUACAGGCAGCUGAGAAGGAAGUAUGGAGGCUGCUGGCACAAGAGGAGGCUGCCAUAGCUGGAGGAGCACCACGAGAUGCCCAACCAAGCCCUGAAGGCAGCAGUGUAGACAGGCCCACGCUGCAGGAAGUGGCCACCCAGCUCCGAGGCUAUAUCCAGCGUCUCCAGAAGCAGUGGGCUCUUGUGAAGAUUCCCCCAGAGCCUGGUCCCACCCUGGCACCCAUCCCCAAUGUGCCCCGGGCAGAAGCUAUGCUGCAGACCAUGCUAGAGGCCCAGCCUGGCCCAGCUCUGCCCCAGCUAGAGAAGAUGCAGAUCCAGAAGGACCUAGUGUCCACACAGGAGGCCCUGGCAGACCUGACACUGCGGCUCCAGCUGGCACGACGGGAGAAGCGGAGCCUGGAGCUGCGAGAGGCCGCGCUUCGAGCUCUGGGUCCAGCCCACCUGCUCCUCUUGGACCAGCUGAGGUGGGAGCAGGCCCAGCUCCAGGCUGGUGGAGAGGACAACACUGGUGGAGACAGCAGUGGAGGUGGGAGCAGUGGGGACGAGGAGGACUGGCCCCAGGGCCCUCUUGCUGUCCCCAGUGGCAUUGACGGAGGCCAGGUGGGCAGAGUGCAGGACUCAGAAGAAUUGGCCCAGCAGCUGGAGAUGUCGCUAAGCCGGGCUGCGGACCUGAGGGGGCAGCUGUGGAGUCUUUGGAAAGAGCUGGAACAGGUGGCUCAGAAGGCUCGAGCCAGACGUGCUCAUAAUACCAAACUGAACAGUGACUUAUGCAAAGCUCACAGUGCCCUGGUCCUGACCUUCCGAGGAGCACACCGGAAGCAGGAGGAGCAGCAGCGGAAGCUGGAGCAGCAGGUGGCACUAAUGGAGGCCCAACAGGCAGAGGAACUGGCUGCGUUGGAAGCCACUGCGAGGGCUCUGAGGAGGUCCCAGCUGUCCUGCCAGCCACCCCAGCCAGGAGAGACCCUUCUGUAG